AUGGCUGGAGGAGCUAUUGUAUCAACUGGACCAAUUAAGAAUUAUAAUGGAGGGAUGACAGCCUUUGUGCUCAUCACCUGUGUGGUGGCAGCCACUGGUGGUCUUAUUUUUGGAUAUGAUCUUGGGAUUUCAGGGGGAGUGACUUCUAUGAAUGAAUUUCUUAUGAGGUUCUUCCCCUCCGUGUACAAGAAAAUGAACAGUGCAACUACUAAAGAAAGCCAAUACUGCAAAUUCGAUAGUCAGACAUUGACUAGCUUCACCUCUUCCCUCUAUCUUGCUGGGCUGAUAGCUUCCUUUGUGGCUUCUGUUGUAACUAGGAUCUUUGGUCGGAAGGUCUCAAUGGUGACAGGAGGGGCUGUGUUUCUUCUGGGAGCCAUCAUCAAUGGCGCUGCAAUGAAUAUUGCGAUGCUUAUCAUCGGUCGAGUACUACUUGGUGUGGGUGUUGGUUUCGGCAAUCAGUCUGUCCCUGUUUAUCUAUCUGAAAUGGCACCAGCAAAACUGAGAGGGGCACUCAACAUGGGUUUCCAGUUGGCUAUUACAAUUGGUAUUUUGGUUGCAAAUCUUGUGAAUUAUGGGACAGCCCAGAUGAAGUCAAAUGGCUGGAGAUGGUCAUUGGCUCUGGCGGCGGUUCCGGCAAUACUAAUGACCGUGGGCUCAAUUUUAUUGGCGGACACCCCCAACUCCCUAAUGGAAAGAGGGCAUAUGGAGAAGGCCAAGGCAAUGUUGCAGAAGGUCCGUGGUGUCUCUGAUGUUGAUGAGGAAUUCCAAGACCUUUUGGAUGCAAGCCAGAAAUCCAAGAUGGUUGAGCACCCAUGGAGAAACAUCAUGCAGUCUAGGUAUAGACCCCAGCUAGUCAUGGCCAUUCUCAUUCCUUUCUUUCAGCAGUUAACUGGUAUCAACGCUAUCAUGUUCUACGCACCUGUUCUAUUCAAGACAUUGGGUUUUGGUGAUAGUGCUUCACUCAUGUCUGCUGUCAUUACUGGCCUUGUUAAUGUUGUCGCAACCUUAGUCUCCAUAUUCACCGUCGAUAAGUACGGCCGAAGGUUCUUGUUCCUCGAAGGUGGUAUUCAGAUGAUCAUCUGCCAGAUUAUUGUGGGAGUGGUCCUUGGAUUGAAGUUUGGGAACACUGGACAAGGAUCCUUGUCCAAGGGAUACGCUGAUCUUGUCUUGGUCUUGAUAUGCUUUUACGUGGCAGCCUUUGCUUGGUCAUGGGGUCCAUUGGGAUGGCUAGUUCCUAGUGAGAUCUUCCCACUAGAGAUCCGAUCAGCAGGUCAAGCCAUCAAUGUGUCUGUUAACAUGUUUUUCACCUUUAUUAUAGCUCAGAUAUUCCUUGCCCUGCUUUGUCACUUGAAGUAUGGUCUCUUCUUAUUCUUUGCUGCAUGGGAGAUUAUUAUGACAGUGUUCAUCUACUUCUUCAUGCCUGAGACCAAGAACAUACCAAUUGAAGAGAUGAAUAGGAUGUGGAAGCAGCACUGGUUCUGGGGUAAGUAUAUUCCCGAUGACGCGGUCGCCGAUCAUGGUAUCCAACUCUCAGCUGGGAAGGGUAUGGCCUGAAUGAAUUAAGUACCAAGAAGAUGGAGUUUUCAUAAAUGCAGUGUUUUCCUCUUCUGUUUAACAAAAGAAGAGAAGGAAUUCUUUUAUGUACCCAGAAAAUUUUGUAUUUUCCUUUUCUCUUUCCAGUUUUGGAUUAAUUUCAGUUUCAUGCUUCCAAUUGCUGAAUUGCAAUUAAUCUAUGUUCUUCCUUUGGUAAUUAACAAAAGUUUUGAUGCCA